AAACAGAGGCAUGCGGUUUGGAAAAAAUCUUGUGGAGCGAGGGAAAGCGAAUCAGAGCUCUCUGACCAGCGAGGCUGCGGAUCACAGAACUGGUGCUUCAGGAAACUAAAUAAAAAAAACAUGAAUAAUAUGAAUGUAUAUAUCAGGGAGAUAACUGGAACGGGGAUAGAAGCAAAGUCUCUUUUUUUAAAUGUGCAGUGAUACCGUGGCGAAGCUCGGUGCAGCGCAAUAUAACUAUAACGAAAAUAACCGCAAUACGAAAAGUGGGGGUAUUAACGACUUAUCAAUUAAUACAGUAAAGAAAUAGCGAAUGAAAAAGUUUAAAACAUUGUUAGUUAUGUACAAUUAAGAAAAAAAAAACUGUAAAAUAAACUACCGUGCCGUGUGCAUGAAUUAUAUACAGUAGCUACGUCAUACUGUGAUAUUUUGUAUUGGUUAUGUGAAAUUAACCGUUUAAUUAUUAUUAUUAUUAUUAUUAUUAUUAUUAUUAUUAUUAUUAUUAUUAUUAUUAUUAUUAAUCCAUAUUGCGUUUAAUAUAUCGUAUGACGAUCCCAGUACCCACUGGAGCCAUAAUUCCACUCCCACCCACGCUAACAGCGUUCUGUAUAAACACGCUGUGGAAAUCUGUUUAGUUUUCGUCUGCGGCUCUUGGGCUGUGCUGUUUGCUGGGGGGACAUAGGUUUGAUAGUGGCUGUUUUGAGUUUUAUGACGCUACUGCUUUGACGCCGGACUCUUGGCUUAAACAGCGACACACGCAGGAGACGAAGACCUAUUUAUGGAGCUGCGCAGAUACCUGUUCCUCUUGAAAGUCUUCAUCCUUUUGGAAGAGUUCUGCAUCUGUUUCAACAUCGAUGUGAAGAGAGCUCGUAUCUUCAAUGGCCCGGCCGACGCGCUCUUUGGAUACAAAGUCCUGCAGCACGAAGCAGAGGGGCAGAAAUGGAUGCUGGUUGGUGCCCCGUGGGACGGGCCGGCCAAUAACAGGAAGGGGGACGUCUACAAGUGCAUUGUGGGAGAGGAGAGGCACUCGAACUGCACCAAGGUGAACCUGGGAGACGCGGCGCUCCAGAAUGUAUCCAAGCAGAUCAGAAACACGCACUUCGGAAUGACGCUGGCAGAAAAUAAAGGUGAAGGAUUUGUGGCCUGCGCCCCCCUGUGGUCACAGGAGUGCGGUACCUCGGUUUUCAGCAACGGGAUCUGCGCCAAAGUGGACCAGAACUUCCAUCCGACUGAGACGAUCGCACCGACCGCACAGAGGUGCUCCACCUUCAUGGACAUCGUGAUCGUUCUGGACGGAUCCAACAGUAUCUACCCCUGGUACGAGGUGCAGAACUUUCUCAGCAACAUCCUCAGCAAGUUCCACAUCAGCCCGGAGCAGAUGCAGGUAGGGGUGCUGCAGUACGCGGAGGUCUCAGUUCACGAAUGGUCUCUCCAUGACUACCAGACCACCGAGGAGGUCGUGGAGGCGGCCAAGAACAUCAGCCGGCAGGAGGGGCGCGAGACGAGGACCGCGUACGCCAUCCACAUGGGCUGUUCCGAGGCGUUCAGCCCAGAGAGAGGAGCCCGAGAAGGAGCUACGAAGGUGAUGAUCGUGGUGACGGACGGAGAGUCACAUGAUGGGGAGGAGCUCCCCGAGGCGCUGGCCGAGUGCGAGAAACGAAACAUCACGCGCUACGCCAUCGCGGUUUUGGGGCACUACAUCCGGAGACAGCAGGACCCCGAGACUUUCAUCAGCGAGAUCAAGUACAUCGCCAGCGACCCAGACGAAAAAUACUUCUUCAACGUGACGGACGAGGCAGCGCUCAACGACAUCGUGGACGCUCUGGGAGACCGGAUCUUCAGCCUGGAGGGGACUCUGGGGUCCAACGAGAGCUCCUUCGAAACGGAGAUGUCUCAGAUUGGAUUCUCUGCACACAUGCUGGAGGACGGUAUCUUGUUCGGGAUGGUGGGGGCCUAUGACUGGGACGGGGGGGUGCUGAAGGAGGGCAGGCAGGGGCGCAUCAUGCCCCCCCGAGAGGCUUUCAAAAAAGAGUUCCCCCUUGAACUGAAAAAGCAUUCUGCUUACCUGGGCUACACGGUUUCGUCCGUGGCGUUGAAGAACGGGAAGCGACUUUAUGUUGCCGGAGCUCCGCGCUUCAAACACAAAGGGAAAGUGAUCCUCUUCGAUCUGAAAAACGGCAACGUCACCAUCGCACAGGCUCUCAACGGAGAGCAGAUUGGCUCGUACUACGGCAGCGAGGUUUGCCCAAUCGACGUGGAUGGAAACGGCAUCACAGACGUGCUGCUGGUCGCUGCUCCCAUGUACCUGGGAGCAGGAAACAAGGAGACCGGGAGAGUGUACAUGUACACACUGAACAGGGUUCUGUUCUCGUUCAACGGGACGCUGCAGCCGCACCGCCGGGUUCAGGACGCUCGCUUCGGAUACUCGCUGGCGGCCGCGCCGGACCUCAACCACGACGGCUUCAAUGACCUGGUGGUGGGGGCGCCACUGGAGGAGGGGCAUCGUGGAGCGAUAUACAUCUACCACGGCCACCGGACCCACAUCCUGCCACUCUACAAACAGAGAGUCGCUGCCUCAGCCCUGUCCUCAGCUCUGCAGUAUUUUGGACGCAGUGUGAGCGGACGGUUAGACCUGGACGGGGAUGGGCUCGUAGACCUGGCUGUGGGAGCGCAGGGCAACGCUGUGCUGCUCAGGUGA